AUGGAGUCAAACGGUACCAAGCUAGAAGAAGGAGACACCCCAAGGCCUGAAUCAAAGGAUGAACUGAAAACCGCCCAUCAGGAGGAAUUUGACGUUCCAGCCGGCUAUGAAGAUCCGCACAAGGCUGCUCUUGAAGACAAUCCCGAACAUGCACAAAAGUUAACAUGGCCGGUCCUUCUCUCAGCACUCUUCCUCGGCACCUCUUUCACCGGUCCUAUCAUGUUUGGUUUUAUUCUGGUCGCACCCAUCCUUGUGCAGCUGUCGCAGAGGCUCGGUGGCGGCGACAUUGACUUUUGGAUUCCUUCUGGGUGGGGUGCUGCUGCAGCUGUUGGAUUUUCCGUCGCCGGGAAGGUCUCGGACAUAUUCGGUAGACGGGUGGUCAUCCUUUUCGGCCAGUUCCUGACAGUCGUUGGCGGUAUCGUUUGUUGCACAAGCAACACGAUGAACCAAUUGAUUGCUGGGGAGGUUAUCCUCGGAGCGAGCAUCGGAACUGUAUCUGUUGCUUAUGCCGGGAUUUCUGAAAUCCUGCCAAACAAGUACAGAGGCAUCGGUCUCGCAUGGACAGAGUUCAAUCUCGCAUCAUGGGCUGUUCCGUCCACACUACUCGCGAACGCUAUGGUAUCCAACGCGAGCUGGCGAAUUAUGUUCUAUUUGUGUAUUGGGUACGGGGCGUUCAGUUUCAUUGGAACACUCUUCGUAUACUUCCCGCCUAGUCAUCCACGACCAGAUCGAAAGACGAAAUGGCAGCAAUUCAAAGAGUUGGAUUUCGUUGCCGCGUUUCUAUUUACGGCUGGCCUCGUGGUAUUCCUCUACGGUCUCAACUCUGGUGGGAACACAUAUGCUUGGGGUGAUGCUGGAACAGUCGCACCUCUAGUCCUUGGACUCGUUACUUUUCUGGGCGCAUUUGUCUACGAUGCUCUCGUGCCAGCGGAUCCUCUCUUCCCCUGGUACCUCUUCAGGAACUUCCGCGAGUUCUCAGCGCUAAUCGUUCUGGUCUUCGUUGCGGGUAUGGUAUUUUUCGCGGCGGCAGCUUUGAACGCGCAGACGAUACUGUACCUGCACACCCCAGAUCCCAUCAAGAUCGGUGUAUACUCCCUCCCAUCGGGUUUUGGCCAACUGAUCGGCGGAUGUCUCGUCCCUGCUCUCGUUCACUACAUCAAACAUGUGCACUACCAGCUCACAUUUGCUGUGUUUAUGCAGACGCUCUUCUUCGGCCUCGCGGCACUCAUUACACCAACAAACAUCAAUUGGCUCAUGGCGGUGCAGUUUCUCGCUAUGUUUCCGUUUGGCUGGAUCACGCUGAAUUGCUACACAACUGCUUCGCUCAACGUCCCUCAAAGAGAUCUUGGAGUGGCCAUUGGUUUGAUUGGGACUUUCAGAUCUGUUGGUGGAUCCAUCGGCUCAGUCAUCUUUUCGUCGAUCUUCAACCAGACAGCGAAGAAGGAGGUGGCGAAGAGGAUCGCGGCAACAGCAACCGCAGGUGGAGUAGCUUCGUCGUCCAUAGGCGAGCUGAUAGAGGCGGUGACGCUGACACUCCUGGGCGUUCCGGGUGAGGGUGCUAAACUUUCUACUGUGCCUGCAGAGAUCUUUGAAUCAUCUGUUCGAGCGGCACGGUACGCGUACGCAUACGCAUUCCGUAUCACAUGGUUAGCUUCGAUUCCGUUUGGCGUCGUUGCGCUUCUUGCGGCUGUCGUCGUGCGAGAUCCAUCAAAAUACUUCACAAACCACGUGGAAGUGCAUCUAGAAAAGAAGAGGGUCGUCAUUCGUAAAGAUUGA